AUGGAAGAAGAACCACAACAAAACUGGCACUAUCCACAAGAAUCUGUUAUUGACCGUUUUGAAUUGGAAAUUUUAAAUAACACAAACCCGAUGUGGGUUUGUCCAAAUGGGCGUGUUUUAGUUGAAACAACCAAACCACAAAGCAAAACAGCCAUUGCGAUUUUGAUGAAGAUAUCUAAAGUGACCGCACAAAUGGACUUUUUCGAGGAGUACCAAAUCAGUGAUUAUACAAUUUUUACAGCAUUAACAAGUGGAGUAGAUGUGAUGUCUGUUUUUGCCGAAUUUUCAAAAUAUUCUAAGAACUCGAUACCACACGAAGUUGCAGAGUUGUUUGCAACUGCCAAUAAAAAACGAGUUGUCCGAGUUAUAUGUGAUUAUGAUGGUGUCCGUGAGUGCUUUGGUGAUACCGAACUUAUUCAAAUUUUAGCAAAAGAAGGUGCGUUUGCAGACAAUACAACUAAAAUGAUAUUAAACCAAAACAUUGUCGAAUUCAAAAACCUCUGUCGGACACACAAAAUUUUGGUGGUUGAAGAAGUCCCGUACGGGGAACAGAAGCUGCCGUUCACUCUUCGAGAUGAGAGAGUUUUGCGGGAUUACCAAGUCAGUGCAAUCAGUAGCGUUUUUGAAAACAAUCGAGUGAAAUGUGGUAUUAUUGUACUUCCAUGUGGGGCUGGGAAGACAUUGUUAUCAAUCGCGUUGAUAUGUGGCAUGCAGCAGAUGUCGAUUAUAAUUUGCACGUCAAUUGCGUCUGUCGAACAAUGGAGGGAUGAAAUCCGGAAAUGGUCAACAGUUCCAUUCAACAAAAUCAAGUGUUUCACUUCAAGUGUUAAAGAGCCAUUAGAUGGGUGUUAUGUGGUUCUCACUACAUACCAAAUGAUGCAGUCCAAAGAAAUAGAACAAGUCACAAGGUACUUGUACGGCAUGAUGAUAUUGGACGAAGUACACGCAUCUGUUGCAAAUGAGUUCAAAGAGGUCUAUUCGAAGAUAAACAGUCGGUGCAGAAUUGGGUUGACUGCGACGUUUGUAAGAGAAGACUCGAAAAUUGGGGAGUUGGACUUCUUGACCGGACCACUACUCUAUCAACAAAGCUGGACAAAGCUCAUUAAAGAUGGGUUUCUUGCACAAGUGCACUGCUUCGAAGUGGUGUGUAAUAUGACACAAGUGUUUUAUGAAAGAUACGUCAACGAAGAUGAAUAUAGACACAGAGCACUCGCAUCUGCUGCAAACCCAACAAAAAUCGCUACCGUACAGUUCUUGGUGAAAUACCACAAAAACAGAAAGGAGCAAAUAAUCAUAUUUUGUGAUAACAUUGUUGUAUUAAGAGAAAUUGCAUCGAGAGUGGGGUGCCCUGUGUUCUCUGGAGAAACCCCAAACAAGUCACGAUUUGACUUGUUGAAGAAUUUUAAAAACGGACUGACUCCUUGUAUUGCAAUGUCUUCUGUUGGAGACACCUCGCUCGAUAUCCCAGAUGCCACAGUUAUUAUACAAAUGUGUACAAGCCAUGGAUCAAGAAGACAACAACUCCAACGGCUCGGACGGAUUUCAAGAGUCAAACAAAAUAAGGGAGAGGCGUUCUUUUAUUCACUGACCUCAAAAGACACACACGAAGAGUACUUCGUCAGAAAAAGGCAGGAGUACAUGCAGAACCUUGGGUUUGGGUUUCAAAUCAUUGAUAACCUUAAAGUUACUGUAAUAGACGAAGAGGAACAAGCCAAGCUUUUGAAUUUGUUAAUAGAAAAAGUGGAUAAACGGUACGUGCAGCACAAAAAGAACAAACCACAAAAAGACGAAUUUUGUGACGACGAAGACGCAGAGUGA